AUGAAGUUCGUAGAUGAUUAUCAAGAAAACCACACAGCAGAAGUCGAUGAGUACGUGGAAACGAAGCUGCGUAAUGCAAGCAUGAACUACUAUUUAGCUAGACACCAAGUGUGGUACAACGACUGUGGAGGAAAGCUCGUAUAUGAAUCUUGCGUAUUCGGUGUGGAUGACCUGGCCAAUAUGCUAGAGCAACCCCAUUUGAUUGCUCAUAAGAUGCACCUUGACUUUCAACCUGCAGCAUUCUUUUGCGUUUUGAAGGAAAUUCGCGAAAGGGAGAAUAAGCCAAAGCCACUUAAUCUUACUCUAUAUUCCGAACUACCGCAAGUGGAACUGAGCUCUGGAGUCUCAUACAAAAAUCUGAAGCAUCCUCUUUGGAUGGUGUGA